GGGCAGCCCAGCCAGGCGCGUGCAGGCUGACAGACCCGGCCAGUGCAAGUCAAGGCCUCCGCUUGCCCCUCGCGAGUCCCUGGGAACCCGCCACCAUCCUCUUCAGGACGUGCUGCCCAGCGCCUGCAACCAUGUGUCGCACCCUGGCCACCUUCCCUACCACCUGUCUGGAGAGAGCCAAAGAAUUCAAGACACGUCUGGGAAUCUUUCUUCACAAAUCAGAGCUGGGCUCUGAUUCUGGGAGUGUUGGCAAGUUCGAGUGGAGCAGUAAACACAACAAAGAGAGUAGUAGCUUCUCAGAAGACGUGCUGGGAUGGAGAGAGUCCUUUGACUUACUGCUGAGCAGUAAAAAUGGAGUGGCUGCUUUCCACGCCUUCCUGAAGACAGAGUUCAGCGAGGAGAACCUGGAGUUCUGGCUGGCCUGCGAGGAGUUCAAGAAGAUCCGAUCAGCUGCCAAGCUGACCUCCAGGGCUCACCGCAUCUUUGAUGAGUUCAUUCGCAGCGAAGCCCCUAAAGAGGUGAACAUUGACCAUGAGACCCGGGAGCUGACCAGGACAAACCUGCAGGCCACCACCACCACGUGCUUCGAGGUGGCUCAGGGGAAGACACGCACUCUGAUGGAGAAGGACUCCUACCCGCGUUUCCUGAAGUCUCCCGCUUACCAAGACCUGGCUGCCCGAGCCUCGGCCGCCUCCGCCUGUACCUCCAGCUGCAGCCUGGCUGAGCCCUCGCACACCUGAGCCUUCCGGGCCACAAGGAAACUAGUGGGCAGAGAGGUGGAGUCACCCAUCCCCGAGGCGGCCACCCCUGCAUGGGAGGCAGGUUCUGCCCAGCAAGUGCAAGAGGACAGUGGAGGUGUCCCAGAGCCCGCACGGGAGCAGCAGGCUGUCCUCCAGAGACUGUGAACUGAGUGCCCGGUGGGAGAGGGCUCCCCGUGUCCAGGAGCUGCGGGGAAGGGCAACAUGGGGGCUGUGUGGGGCUCUCUGGGGACAAGAUUGGUGGUGUGGCAGGCAGCACUGGCUCUUGGCCUUCCCACAGGGGCAAGCAGAUGUUGCAGAGUGGCUUGGGCAACUAGAAAAGAGUGUGGGAAGAAGGUAACUGGGUGAGCUAUUGGCCAGUGGGCAGUUGACUUCGAUCAUGUCACAGAAAGAGCCAUGGGUAUGGCGUCUUCCCACUGUGCCCUCCUCUCCCACCCGGGCUCACCCCAAGGUCCAUCCUCACAGUCCUCUCAAGGUCAACAUGAUUCUUGCCUAGAACGAGAUGUUUAUACCUCAAAAACUGGUCCUUGAGCCCCUUUGCAGGUCAGUAGCAAGUCCGGAAGAGGCCAUCUUGCUCUUGUGGACCCAGCCUGGGUGCUGUUGAUGGCCUCUUGCAGGUGGCUGCUGGUCAUGUUUGCAGCAGGCCCACCUGUGAGUCGGGACUUCUGAGGAGCUUCUGAGUCCUAUGCUGCCCUUGAAGGUAGGGCCAGGAGGAGGGACGAGGGAGGCCUUAGGGGCAGGUAGCCCAGAUGUCACGCCAACAGCUUGGAACAGGGAAGAGAAGGGUAAUGAGAAGCUAAUCCCUUGGCAGUACCUGAAAGUCCUUCUGAAAUCAAGCCACUAUUUCCUGUGGGCACAAGAUGCACCCCUGGGGUGUUGGGAAAGAUGGCGCAGGGACCACCAGGGCCACGGGACAGAAGGUGGAAGCUGCACUCAAGCUGGGGAGCAGGGCUGCUUGGAAAGACAGGACUGGGGGAAAUCAGCACUUGCCUGUCACCUCAGGGCCUCACCGAACAAACAUUCCAUGAUGGAUUUCCUGCGCCAGAGCCCAGGGUGGGAGGUGAACUCACCAGGGCAGCCCCCUUGUGCCCCAGGAUUGCCAACACUGUUCUCUCUGCACUUGAGCUCCUCCAGGAGAAAAUUUAUUUAAGAAUGAUGUCUUGUGGCGGUGUGCCGAUUGUCAUAGCAUAUUAUUUUUGUUACCAUUGUCGCCGUUGUUAUUUAUUGUUGUCAUUUCAGUUUGUCUGCACUGGAGAAUCUCAGCAGCAGCUGCUGCCUGACUGUCCCCUCCUCCACCAGACUCUACCUCUGAGCGUGCUGGGAACCGCUAGGGCCUGUCAGGAACUCCUUAUUGUUUAAAUAUUUAUUUAUUGUUCACAAAGGGAGCUGGGUUCCUUAAUGAGUGAUGUAUGCAAUGCCUGUUUUCCUGUUUCAGCAUGUUAUAUUCUUGUAAAAUAAAAAUAAAACAUAAAUGCAA